AUGUCUAUUGUGACAACUUCCCGAACCGCAUUGGCCCCAUCUCACAUCCCCCGUCGCACCAUUCUAUUGCCUAUUACUCAUGUGCCUGCACCUUUCACUUUUCCUGCGUGUUCUCGUGCCGCCCAUUCUCGUGCCGCCCCUUCUCCCGCCGCCCAUUCUCGUGCUGCCGCUUCUCGUGCCGCCCCUUCUCCCGCCGCUCCUUCUCCCGCCGCCCCUUCUCCCGCCGCUCCUUCUCCCGCCGCCCAUUCUCGUGCUGCCGCUUCUCGUGCCGCCCCUUCUCGUGCCGCCCCUUCUCCCGCCGCUCCUUCCCCCGCCGCCCCUUCUCCUGCCACCCCUUCUCGUGCUGUCUCUUCUCGUGCCGCCCCUUCUCCCGCCACGCCUUCUCCCGCCGCCCCUUCUCGUGCUGCUGCUUCUCCUGCCGCCCCUUCUCGUGCCGCCCCUUCUCCUGCCGCCUCUUCUUUUGCUGCCACUUCCCGUGGCGCCCCUUCUCCCGCCGCGCCUUCUCCUGCCUCCCCUUCUCAUGUUGCCGCUUGUGCCGCCGCCCCUUUGCCUGCCAUCCGAACCUCCUCUGGUCAACCCACCCACCGAGCCACAGUACCAGGUUCGGCCCGCCAAACGCCGUCUGAAAGGACAAUGACUGGCCAGGGAAUUUCCACACCUUCCGUCAACGAAUGGCCCUCAUCCUCACACCCCACACAGCCCUCACAAGCCUUGCAGCUCUCACAACCUUCACAGCCCUCACAAGCCUUGCAGCCUGCACAACCCUUGCUGCACAUGCCUUGCAUUGAUGAGUUCCCCUCCUCACAGCCCUCUGAGCAAGCCUCUCCGCGACAAGGCUUGCCUUUCUCUCCCUCUCAGGCCAUCACCCGCUCUCACGAGACCAACUCCCCUCAUCCCAGCCCCCCUUACCCCGCACUCCCUCAACCAACACCCCCUCACACCACCCCUACCUCCCCCACGCCCCUUCACUCCAACCCCACCUUCCCCAACCCCCCCCGCCCCACGCCUGUUCGCACCAGCUCCCCCCGCCGCUUGGCCUGUGACAACCCUUCCCCCUGGCCCUCCGCCAAGCGCUACUUCGGAGUCACCUGGUACCGAAACGCGUGGCAGGUGUUUCUGACGGCCACCAAGGCGGAGCAGCAGCGGUAUGGCGUUAGCACCCAGUGGUACUGCGGGCGCUGGCCUAAGGAUCAGGUGGAGGAUGCAGCAGCAGCCGCGGAAGCAGCACAUUUCGUGCUCAAAGGGGGGGGAGUGGGUGAGGGAGCAGGAGAGAGAGUGGGAGCGGCAGGGGAAGGAGGCGGAGGAGGAGGAGGGGGAGGAGGAGGGGGAGGUGGAACCAGGGGGAAGAGCGGGACAGAGCGAGUGUAUGACUUUCUUUCAGGAAGGGAUAAGGAGCGGUUGAGAGCGAUGGGGAGGGCGAAAGCAGCAGAGUUGAUCAAGAAGAAGCGGUGGGUGAUAUGGCAGCAGUGGCGUCCGUCGUGGGGAGAGGAGCAGGAAUUGCACGCAACGGCCACUGCUGCUGCGGGAUUAUCCCUAGGUUCAGCAUCUAAGUCUGUCCGCGAGGCAAAUGCAGCUGGUAUCCCUGUUAAAGCCCUCGCUCUUGCCUCCCGUAUCCGCGUUUCUUCACCUUCCCGCACUUCUCGGGCUGCUGCUUCCCACCGCCCUGCCCAGGCUCCUCGGGCAGCCGACCGGGACGUUGAGUGCGUUUCUCCCUCUCGCCUUCUCGCUCUCUGCACCCCUUUCGCCACGGCAAAUAACGAGGAGGCUGCAGAAAUACUUGCUCUCUUGAAUCCUCCCUCUCGCUCCAGGCGCCGCCCAAGCUUCCUUACUCGCUCCAGGCCUCGCGCAAGUUCCAAUGCUCGCUCCACUACUCGCAACACCCCUCUCUCUCGCUCCACUCCUCUCGUCCCAUCUGCUCCUGCAACGCCUGAGCCUGCUCAGAGGGCUGUGCCGGCUUCUCCUGGUCCCACUGCUCUUCAGUCUCUUGAGCAGCAGCAGCAGCAGCAGCAGCAGCAGCAGCAGCAGCAGGGGGGGGAGGAGCACCAGCAGCCGCAGCAGCAGGAGCAGCAGGAGCAGCAGGAGCAGCAGGAGCAGGAGGGCGGGGACCGCUCUCAAGAAGCGGUAUGGGCUGGGGGAGCAGCUUUACUGCGCGCGGUGGGAGCGGGAGCAAGGGGAGGAGGCGGCAGCAGCAGCAGAAGCAAUUCAUUUCGUGCUGGGGAGAAGGAGGAAGAGAGCGUAUGA